AUGAUUUGGAAAGCUCUAUAUGUCAUUGCGGCCCUGCUGACAAAGGUCUGGGGUCUUCCCAGCUCCACUGAGGUGGAUCCUCGUCAACAGCAAAGCAAGUAUGUCUUUGCUCACUUCAUGGUUGGCAUCGUAAAGCCCUAUCAGCUAUCCGACUGGAUCGCCGACAUGACCGCAGCUCAAGCAAUCGGCAUCGAUGCAUUCGCCCUUAACUGCGCCAGUAUAGACAGCUACACACCGACUCAGCUAGCUCUAGCUUACCAGGCGGCCAAGCAGGUCAACUUCAAAGUCUUCAUCUCUUUUGACUUUGCCUACUGGAGUAACGGAGAUACCGAGAAAAUCACUGCUUACAUGAGAGAAUACGCCGCCCAUCCCGCGCAGAUGCAGUAUAACGGAGCUGCGAUCGUAAGUACAUUUGUUGGAGACAGCUUCAACUGGGGCCCGGUAAAGCAAGGAACGUCACAUCCUAUCUGGGCUCUGCCUAACCUUCAGGACCCAGCAGAGGCGACGAGCGGUGCUUCUCGGGCCAUUGACGGCGCCUUCUCCUGGUAUGCAUGGCCUACCGAUGGGGGAAACAGCAUCAUACCCGGACCGAUGACCACUAUCUGGGAUGAGAGGUUCGUUAAAGCUCUGGCUGGACGCACAUAUAUGGCUCCGGUAUCACCGUGGUUUGCAACUCACUUCAACUCCAAAAACUGGGUGUUCAUCUGUGAGAGUCUUCCUACACUUCGUUGGGAACAGAUGCUUCAGUUACAUCCAAACCUGAUUGAGAUUAUCUCAUGGAAUGACUAUGGUGAAUCGCAUUACAUCGGACCAUACUCCGCCAAUCAUAGUGACGACGGCUCCUCCCAAUGGGCAGCGGGAAUUCCACACGAUGCCUGGAGGAACCUUUACAAGCCGUAUAUAAAGGCCUACAAGUCUGGCGCAAUGGCCCCGAUCAUAGAACAGGACGAACUUGUAUAUUGGUACCGCCCGACGCCGAAGAACGUGGCUUGCACCAACGAUCCCCUACCGCAACCGAACGGUGUCAACAUGCUCCAUGACAGUGUCUUUGUAGCUACUAUGCUGACAAAACCAGCUACACUGACCGUCACGAGUGGUUCCAACCCACCAGUGUCCAUUGAGGUACCGGCGGGGAUUGUCACAUCGAACAUCAGUAUGGGCGUGGGUGUUCAGAAGUUCUCCGUAGCGCGUGGAGGGCAGUCUAUCAUGAGUGGCCAAGGUGGGUUGGAAAUCAAGGAUAAUUGUAGGCAUUGGAAUUAUAACGUUUAUACUGGUUCGGUAGUAAGAAAUGCCUGA